CCGGGUUCUCACAACACUUGCAAUUGAGCGGGGUGUUGUCUCGGUGGUGUCACUCGACGUGGUCCUCAUCUUCCACUUGCUCUGUGCCGGGUUUUUUUUUUUUAUGAUUUCUCUGAACGAGUAUGCUCAGUCACUAGUCCUCUACCUCGACUUUCCGCUAUAUUCAAGAUAGCAAUUGCGGCAUUAGCCUGAACACCGAUUACAAUCCAUUGACCAUUCAGUCUGCCCUCAAACUCCACAUCGGAGACUUCUUCCCAUCAUGCUCCAACCCCGCAUGGCCUUGACGGGCUUGCGCCUGCCUUUCAGAUGCCUCUCCUCCGCGAUUGCACCCCGAGCAUACUCCACCGCCCGCGAAACCGAAACUCCUUCCGCUGGCGCGACUCCCACUUCAGCUUUCGAUCCCAGCAUCACCUUUGCUCCUCCGCCCGCGCGUGAACAAUCCGGUAUCCAGGUUCGCAGGUACAAACCCCGCACACCCGGUCUCAGACAUUUGCGAAGGCCGAUCAACGAUCACCUCUGGAAAGGACGUCCCGUGCAUAGAUUGACCUUCCCCAAACGAGGUCAAGCCAAGGGUGGUCGUAACAACACGGGUCAAGUCACGGUCAGACACCGUGGUGGUGGUCACAAGCGCCGUAUUCGCAUGGUCGACUUUGCGCGCGCCGCGCCGGGCCCGCACGAGGUGGAGCGCAUCGAACAUGACCCCGGUCGGUCCGCUCACAUUGCUCUCGUCCGGAGCAAGUUGACCAGGAAGCUCACUUAUAUUCUUGCCGCCGAUGGGAUGAGAGCUGGUGAUGUGGUCGAGAGCUACAUGGCCGGAAUUCCGGAAGAACUCUGGAAGAGCAUGGGAGGAGUUGUGGAUCCUGGUGUUUUGGCCGCUAGAACCGCUUGGAGAGGGAACUGUCUGCCUCUGCACAUGAUUCCAAUCGGUACAUUGAUCUUCAAUGUCGGUCUGCGUCCCGGCAAGGGCGGCCAGCUGUGCCGUAGCGCUGGUACUUUUGCCACGGUCAUCGCCAAGGGUAGUGAUGAGCAGGCCCGGUACGAGGAGAAUCUGAGGAAGGAUCAGGAGGGUGCAACCGAGGUCAAGCGCGUGACUCAAAAUGAAAAGCAAAAGCGGGAGCGCAUUGCUUCUCACAUCACCAUCCGCUUACAAAGUGGUGAAGUUCGACUGAUCCACAAGGAUUGUUGUGCUACUAUCGGUGUUGCCAGCAACCCCAACUACCAGUACAGACAGCUUGGAAAGGCUGGUCGUUCUCGUUGGCUCAAUAUUCGUCCCACCGUCCGUGGUCUCGCCAUGAACGCCGCUGAGCACCCUCACGGUGGUGGACGUGGUAAGUCCAAGGGUAAUGUGGAUCCUAAGAGUCCUUGGGGUAUGCCGGCGAAAUCCGGUUACAAGACUCGUCCCAAGUGGAAGAUCAACAAGGCCGUCGUCGUGCCCAGAGUUCGCAACCAGGGCAAGCGUCGCCGUGGAUACAGCUAGACGCUCUAUCAUGUACAUUUUGUUUUACCUUUCCCUCGAUUUUCCCUCAUGCGGCAAGCAUCACGUUCGAAGUGUGACUAUACUUCUCGAUGGGAAAGGUGCUGGGGUGGGCACAGUCAGAAUGCUCUGAAUCACUUGCCCAAGGCCGCUUCUCAUUUGCAUUCGGUUGUAUGUACUUUAUUUCGUCUCCGGCAUGGCUUUUCCUCGAGGGUUUUAGAUAUCUACUUUUGUUACACUGCUUUCCGUCCGGGUCUUAUGGAAAUGUCCACCUUCAUAUUCUCUGGCGUUGUUUUUGUAUACUACUACUACUGCUACAUGGUUAUCAAAUCCAAG